AUGGAGCUCCCGCGCCCGGCGGCGGCCAGGACGGCCCCGCGGCGGGGCCGGGCGCGCAGGGCAGUCGUCGUCAGGGCGGUGUUCGAGCGGUUCACGGAGCGGGCCGUCAAGGCGGUGGUGCUGUCGCAGCGGGAGGCCCGGGGGCUCGGGGAGCCCGCCGUGGCGCCGCGCCACCUCUUCCUCGGCCUCGUCGCGGAGGACCGCUCCUCGGGCGGCUUCCUCUCGUCGGGGAUCAACAUCGAGCGCGCGCGGGAGGCGUGCCGCGGCAUCGCUGCCGCCAGGGACGACGCGGACACGGCCGCCGCGCCGUCGUCGUCCAGGCCCGGAUCGGGGCUCGACACGGACGUGCCCUUCUCCGCGACCGCAAAGCAGGUGUUCGACGUGGCCGUCGUGCUGUCCAAGAACAUGGGCGCCAGCUUCAUCUCGCCUGAGCACCUCGCCAUCGCGCUCUUCACCCUCGACGAUCCAACCACCAACAACCUCCUAAGGAGCUUGGGAGCGGAUCCCAGUCGCCUAGCAUCAGUUGCGGUCGACCGUCUCCAAGCGGAGCUUGCGAAAGAUGGCAGAGAACCUGCCGAACCAUCGUCUUUCAAAGUCCCAAAGAAAGCCCCUGCUGGAACCGGAAGAUCUGCCUUCUCCCAGUCCUUGACUAAAAAGAAAGAUAAGGGUGCACUGGAUCAAUUUUGUUUGGAUUUGACCACACAAGCUAGUGGAGGUUUCAUUGAUCCUAUUAUUGGCCGUGAAGACAAGAUUGAAAGAGUAGUUCAGAUAAUAUGCCGACGAACGAAGAACAACCCUAUUCUUUUGGGUGAGGCGGGUGUUGGCAAAACUGCAAUUGCUGAGGGGCUGGCUCUUCGAAUUGCAAAUGGAGAUGUCCCCAUUUACCUUGUGGCAAAGCGUAUAUUGUCACUGGACGUUGGUCUACUUAUUGCUGGUGCAAAGGAGAGGGGUGAACUGGAGUCUCGGGUUACUAAUAUAAUCCGUGAAGUCCGGGAAGCAGGCGAUGUUAUUCUUUUUAUCGAUGAGGUUCACAAUCUUAUUGGAUCUGGAACUGUUGGAAAGGGUAAGGGUUCUGGUCUUGACAUUGGCAACUUGCUGAAGCCCGCACUUGCUAGAGGUGAACUGCAGUGCAUUGCGGCUACAACUUUAGAUGAACACCGGAUGCAUUUUGAGAAGGAUAAGGCUUUGGCCCGCCGCUUCCAGCCAGUAUUAGUAGAUGAGCCUAGUCAGGAAGAUGCUGUGAAGAUAUUACUGGGUCUUCGUGAGAAAUAUGAAACUUACCAUAAAUGCAAAUUCACAUUGGAAGCCAUCAAUGCAGCAGUUUAUUUGUCAGCAAGAUACAUUCCUGACAGACAACUUCCUGAUAAGGCUAUUGAUCUGAUUGAUGAGGCUGGAAAUGAAUACUGGCAAGAGAUAAGAGCUGCUCAGGCCAUGCAUGAAGUGGUGUUAUCUAACAAGGCAAAAUAUUCUCCAAACGAGAAUGCUCAAGAAAGUGGUAGUGCUAACGUUGAAGCACCAAGUCGAGACAAUAUUGAGUCAACAUCUGCUUCGUCACUCUCAGCUGAUGAACCAGUUGUAGUUGGGACAGAGGAAAUUGCAAGAGUUGCCUCAUUAUGGUCUGGGAUACCAGUGCAGCAGUUGACUGCCGACGAUAGAAAACUUCUAGUAGGACUAGACGACGAGCUCAGAAAACGUGUCAUUGGCCAAGAUGAUGCUGUUGUGGCCAUAUCUCGUGCAGUGAAGAGAUCACGUGUUGGCCUUAAUGACCCUGACAGACCUAUUGCUACGCUGCUUUUCUGUGGUCCAACAGGAGUUGGUAAAACAGAGCUCACCAAAGCUCUAGCAGCUAGUUAUUUUGGAUCGGAAUCUGCUAUGCUUAGGUUAGACAUGAGCGAGUAUAUGGAGAGGCACACUGUGAGCAAGCUCAUAGGCUCUCCUCCAGGGUACAUUGGGUAUGGUGAAACUGGUACUUUGACAGAAGCAGUCAGGAGGAAACCAUUUACCGUGGUAUUGCUGGAUGAGAUAGAGAAAGCUCACCCUGAUAUUUUCAACAUCCUUCUCCAAAUCUUUGAGGAUGGACAUUUGACAGACUCACAGGGCCGUAGGGUUUCCUUCAAAAAUACGUUGAUUGUCAUGACUUCGAAUGUUGGUUCGACAUCAAUUUCAAAGGGAAGACAGAGCAUGUGUUUCUUGAAGGAAGAUACCGAGUCAAGCUCAUAUUUCGCCAUGAAGUCCUUAGUAAUGGAAGAGCUCAAGGCAUUUUUCCGUCCAGAGUUGCUCAAUAGGAUUGACGAGAUGGUUGUGUUCCGUCCUCUGGAAAAGACUCAGAUGCUGGCCAUUCUUGAUAUCAUCCUAAAGGAAGUCAAGGGCCGACUUUUGGCCCUUGGGAUAGGUUUGGAGGUGUCUGAUGCAAUGAAGGACCUGAUUUGCCAAGAAGGCUAUGACAAGAGCUAUGGGGCUCGGCCUCUGAGGAGAGCUGUCACCAAUAUUAUUGAGGAUGUCAUCAGCAAAGCGAUUCUUUUUGGCGAGUUCAAGCCUGGUGACACGAUACUGAUGGACAUCGAUGCGGAGGGGAAGCCAUGCAUGAACCAUCUGGACCAACAGAUCGUCCAGGUCUCUGACCCAACACGGACAUUCUGA